AUGCCACAAUCGUUGGGCUGGCAUGUUUGGCUGGGGACCACGAUUACCAUCAUCCCAGCGACGGUCGCGGUCGCGGCCAGAUUCGCGGCGAGGCAGCACAACUUCGCGGGCUUGAGAGAAGAUGACUGGCUCAUCUUCGCAGCAUUGAUCGUGGCGUGGGCCAUGACAGCCAUUCGAUACUACGAGCUCCUCCACUUAGGUCUUGGUUACCAUGCGGCAGAUCUUCCCCACGCCACUGUAGAAAGGUACCAGAAGACCUUUCUCGCAGUCCAGAUCACUUACUUCACCACCGCAGUCCUUACGAAGACGUCAAUUCUGUUACUCUACAAACGUAUCUUUGGCGUCUAUGAAAAGUUCAGGAAAGUCAUAUGGGCUGCUGUGGGACUGGUAAUUUCUUACUUCAUCAUUUGCACUGUGCUAGCCAUUGCGGGAUGCCAACCGACAUCGUACUUCUGGAACAAGAAUCAACCUGGCAAGUGCAUCAACGAGGUUCAAUUCUUCCGCUGGAACGGUGUCGCCAACCUCAUCCUGGAUCUCGUGGUACUGUGUAUUCCAAUGCCAAUGGUAUGGACUUUGCAUUUGAGGCUUGGGCAGAAGUUGGCCUUCUCCGCAAUCUUUGGACUUGGUGGAUUUGCUUGUCUGGCUUCAAUACUCCGAAUCACUCAAUUUGAGAAGUCGCGUCAAACAGACCCAACGUACACUACAGUGGACUCCGGCACGUGGUCCUCUGUUGAGCAGGGCUUUGGGAUCAUCUGCGCAUGCCUGCCCACUUUAGGUCCAUUGUUCCGGAAGUCUCGGCGUGACAACCGCUAUGACGACUCUGGUCCACCGUCCCGAUCUUCUGAAAUCCAUCUGUCCUAUCAAACGGAAAGUAGGGAUAGUGAACGGCGAAACAAGAGCGAUCAGACCCCUUCGUACCGCACCGGAAACGUGACAGAGGUACUGGAACAAGAUGCAGAGGGAGGGAGUGAAGGGACAUACAAGAUACAUCUAGAAUCGAGAUCAUCAAACAUGUCUGCGGGUUGA